CUUCCUGCCGUGUUAGGCACGAGGCCUAACAGCUUCUGGUGGUGGAGGAAUCCAUAUUCCACCUUCCGACCCUGUCGGUGGCACCCCGACGGAAGGGAUUCUUCGAAGGAGGGCCAGUGCGAGAAUGGAGGAGCGACAGGAGGGCCGUGAGCCUCAGAGGAGCUGGUCUCCGCCACCACCGCCACCGCCUCCACUGCCGCCUUCAUCGCCUCCUCCACCUCCUCCGCCGUCUCCAUCGUCACCUCCCCUGCCGCCUCCGCCUCCCAAGAUUCCGUCACCACCCCAGACCUCAGUCCCGUCCCUUUGCUCUGAACUAGUUACCCUCUUGGCGAGUCUGCCCUCAACAUCGCUGGGAGGGCAGCCCAACCCGGUCAUACCCAUCCAGCUGAGCACCCUCACCUACCUGAUCAACCACGCGCUCCUGGGCGCCUACACCACACUGUCGGCCCUGGGCCUCCCUAUCCCGAUCCUUUCCACCGUCCCUAGUAACGUGAACGGCCUCUAUACCUCAACCGGCCCUUGCUGCGCUUGCUGCACUCUGCAUUCCUGCUGCCACAGCUACCACCCCGCCACUUCGCAGGGAUUGGGGGUAACCCCCCAACUCCAGCCCCGCCCAUUGGAUCCCCAGGUGCAGAAAACCCCUCUGAGGCAAGGUGGGGGUGGCUGGGGAGCCCAAAGAUCUGACCAGGGCUGUUGGGAACAGGGAGAAGACGUGAGGGGAAAGCGGGGACUCGAGGGGUGGGGCAACUUGGGGGAGGCCCUCUCCCACAAACAGAGCCGGGUGGAGCCAGGUUGGAAGCUGCCGAAGCCCUCUGAGCCACCAGCCUCUCCUGCCGUCCUGUUCAAAGAGUCCUGGAAGGAGGAAUACAAGGAACCAUCACCGGCCCCCCUUGCCCCAGACCCAGCUGGCAAGGGCUGGGAGAAAGAACGCAAGAACCCGGGCAGUUCCGGCCCUCCUGCCUCCCAGCAUGACGCCUUUUACAACUACCUCAAGUACCUGUUUCAGUUCCCACAGGGGGAACAGCAGAAUGGGGAACCUCCCUCUAGCCUCUCAGGGCAACCCCCCAAAUCUGAAGAGGGGAACCUGUGAGCCUUCCUCCCUGCCAUCGGGGUCCAGCUUCUCCCGCCUCUUGUUCUUCCAGUUGGAAACUCCGUCCUUGUUGCUUCCCAGUUUCCCCUCAGUUCAUUGAUGCUUAGUUUGAACCACCCUCCAUGGACUUUCUCUUCCUCCGACCAAGUCCCCACCCAGCGCUCGCAAAGACCAACUGAAAAGAUGACCUCUUCUCGAGAUUUAGAACUGAGAAAUCUACACACUCUCCUGCUUCUGCCCAGAGAGGAGCAGUCAGCCAGAUCAGCCUCUCGUUUCCUGGAUGCCUCACCCUGCUAAGGGCUGGCUGGAAUAGAUGGUGUGAGGGGGAAAUCUCCAGAGUUUGCUUUUCAAUAAAGAAAAUG